UUGGAAGCCCUGGAUGACGAUCUGCUUAAUGAAUUAGAUGACCUCGAUAUUCUAGAGGCAACACCUACCACAGUACCUACGGAUACUCUCCCGGCCACGUCGGUGCCUGCGGGCACGGCACAACCAGAGGCACAGAAGUUAGAUGAGUUUGGGUUGCCUCAAGCGUCGUAG